AUGGAGCUUGACCCCUUUUAUAUUGAAAAUAUGUGGUUGCUACAUCCAAAAUUUGGUGAGAUCAUCAUGGAUGUUGGCAUGACAUUCAGAUCUACUUCUGAAUGUGAGCGGCUACAAGAUGAGACUAAACUUUGUAUCUUUCUUGAGCUUGCACCAGAAGGUUCACUGUUAAAUCUCUAUAGAAAGCAUAAACUAUUGGAGCCCCAAGUCUCUGAAUACACAAGGCAGAUUUUGAAUGGUUUGAGCUAUCUACAUGGGAAACAUGUAAUUCACAGGGAUGUCAAAUGUGCUAACAUAUUGGUAUUUGAAAAUCACAUUGUGAAACUUGCAGAUUUUGGAUUGUCAAAGCAUUGCCAAUCGAAUGAUUUUAACUCUAGUAAAGGGUCUCCAUUCUGGACGGCCCCUGAGGUUGUUAAUGCGGUGUAUAGGAAGAACGAUUGUUAUGGGCUUGCAGCUGAUAUAUGGAGCCUUGGGUGCACUGUAUUAGAGAUGUUAACUCAGCAACAUCCAUACCCUCAAUAUGAAUGGAUGCAAGCAUUAUUUAGGAUUGGCCAUGGUGAACUUCCUUUUGUUCCUGAUUCCUUGUCAAUAGAUGCUCGAGAUUUUAUCCUUAAAUGCUUGCAGGUCAACCCUAGUGAUCGGCCUACUGCUCGUCAGUUAUUGGACCAUCCAUUUGUGAAGAGCCCACUGCACCCUUUCAUUGGCCCUGCAUCUCCUAGGGCUAAUGGAAUACGACCUUAAAAGGCUUUCAUCUAGUAAUUGAACUAUAUGCACAAAAUUUAAGAGUCCUGCAAAAAUAAGCAAAAUUACAAGAAAAAUAAGCAUAUAAGAUUAUUUAUAUCAAAAUAUUUUUGGGGUACAAUCUUUAUGGUAGUGUUCUUCAAAAAAGAAUAUUUUCCUCCCAUUUGAUCACUUUGAUCACAAUCCAAGGGAUGGCAAUGUGAGUAUUUUCUUGAAGUUGACAAUCAAUCGAGGGUCUAGUACAACUUAUUCUUGAAUACCUUUGAGGAUGGUGAAGAACAUGUAAGGGUAUAGUACUUUGUGU